GCGAAGGCGGGAUAUUUCACUCGCCUGAAAAUGAAACUGAAGUGGCUUGAGAGGGCUUAGUUUUCCGCUGGUGGUUCAAUGCAUCAUGACGCAUGAUGUUAGCUCGGCUGAGUCUGGUGCGCAGCUGUUUGCUCGGCUCGAAGGAAGGAGUUCACUGAAGAACAUCGAGCCUCGGAUUUUUCCUGAAGAAGGAGCUCCUGUCCCAGGGGACGUGGUCGAGUUCUAUGGCACAGAGGGAACGGGGAAGACCGAAACGAUAUACCAUUUGGUGGCCCGCUGCAUUCUUCCAGCUGAAAACGGGGGGCUUGAGGUAGAGGUGAUGUUCGUGGACACCGAUUAUCACUUCGACAUGCUGCGCUUGGUGAGUAUUUUGGAGCACCGGCUGCCCCAGAGCCCGGAGGAGACCAUCCGGAUGUGCCUGCGCCGACUGUUUGUGGUUCACUGCACUAGCACCGUCCACCUGCUCCUGACGCUGCACUACGUGGAGAACAUGUUUUGCAGCCGUCCUGCCCUCUGCCUGCUCGUAAUUGACAGCAUCUCUGCUUUCUAUUGGAUAGACAGGAGCAACGGGGGCGAAAGCGUCACCCAGCAGGAGUCCAAUCUUGGGAAGUGCAGCGCUUUUUUGGAGAAGCUUCUUAGAGAUUACCGCAUCGUCUUGUUUGCCUCCACCCAGGCUAUCAUGAGAAGCUAUUCUGGCGAGCCCUCCAGGGCAGCGGGGGCCUCCUCGUCUUGGAGGCGCUGUCCUGCGGCGGACGGGGAUUAUAGCAAACCCUACCUUUGUAAGGCUUGGCAGCGGCUCGUCACGCACCAGCUGGCGUUUUCCAAAACGGACGCCCGGAGGGACUCGCGGGCGGUUUUCUCCAUCGCUUCCUCCAGCGCAGGGACCAAAAGCACAAGCAGGUGCUUUUUCUGUGUCACAGAAGGGGGCGUCCAGUUUUUCUGAUUUCACGCCUUCUCUCCCGUUUUUUCCUGGCGGUGGAGGGUGGGGGUAUGGGGGUUUGGGUACCGAAUUGAUGUCAUAACGUUGAAAGGAAGUUCCUGUGGGAUGUUGCCCUCUUUGUUUCGGUUUGUGACUGUCGAGGCCUUUUCACUGUACCUCAAAAAGCGGGAUGAAGAGAGAACACUGUGAAGGGGUUUUAUAGAGACUUUUUGAUAAAAUCCUUACCCAUAGGGCAUUCGUAUGCUUCCAAAGUACUGCUUGAAAGUUCCCUGGCUGCAGAACAUAUAGCUCACAUAGAAAAACAACACAAUGAAUGCUAAAAUAUAUUUUUUUCAGAUCGUU